UGCUGGCCAAUGACCUGGCCCCAUCGCUCGGUGCUAAAUCACAAGGUGAUCUAGGUUGCGGCCACGGGGCAGGCUGGAGCAGUGCCCCGGGCAGGGUGAACCGGCGACCGUUUGGCACGGCAGACUUCGACCGUACCCUCCACGGGGGCGAAUCACCGGAAACUUUGGACGCGGACGCGGAUCAGAGUGUAAGUGUUAGUCUUUGUUAGUUAAGGGUGGCUCAGUUCACGACCUAGUAAAGGGGGUGCUCACGAUCUCUGGGCGUAGAUGUUCCAAUGGGGAGGGUAGGGUUACCGCCGUGCGCUCGCGGUGGUAUCGCGUGUAUUGGUUAUUUACCGUUACCGCUGAUGGUGGGUUGGUUACCGUACACCACCGAGCCUACGAUGUACAGUAUUUUGGUCGUGAUGAGCCUCUUCUUUUUCACCUGCACCUUGGUAUUUGACUUUGUCGAUGCUGGUGAUGAUGCUAUAUUCUACACUGGAUGGGUCAGUGAUUCAGGGGCGAUUCUUACCAACCAGGAAUCAUACAUACAUACAUCUCUCUGUACCAGUGUCAGUAUCUAUACAAUAGCCCUUCCUUCCACCUCGAACAACAACCACAACCAUCUAACUAGUUCACACCCCUCGAAGAUUGACCACCAACAAGACGACAUCAAGUGUCCAACUUCAUAUCAUGUUAUUCAUUCUACUACGGCUAUAAACCAAAUCAAACCCAACAAUUCCAUCAUCCCCAGCCAGCACACAAAACCCCCCUAGCAAGUAAUAACCGCGCCCCCCAAAAAGGUUUCCUCUUUACUUUGACUACGACUUUUCUCUCUCCAAUGGUCAUCUUUACCACUGCCCCGGGUCGGGUCACGACUCAUCUCACUGAGACUCAGAAAGAGUGGCCGGCCCACACCGUCUCACCCGCCGCGAAAGCCUGUCACUUUAGACGGUGUCAGUGCGCGGUUCCGGAUGCU